UCUACACUGACGCAUUCUAAACAACACUUAAGUUUAUAAUCAAAGCGUUUUUUUUGUGUUUUCUUCUCUGCAAUUUGUUUCCAAACUAAAAAUUACACUGUGAAUAUGAGGUAAAUUCUAUAUUACUCAAAACAUCAGUAUUACUUCAGGAAUAUUAGAUAUAAUUAAAUAUUCAAGAGCUGUUUAUGACCUUUUUGUCGAUUUAUUUUCGCCAGAAUUAAAUGUCUGCUAUGAUGUAUCAUAACGGUCCUCGAUCGAGUACCUCGCAACUAAACGGCAACAACAACAACGGUCGUAGACCACCGAAUUUCACACGUAUAAAUUCCACCGAACGAUCCAUGGUUCACGGCCAGCACGACGACUUGAUUAAAUAUAUAUCCGAUUCGUGGUCGAAGAUCGAGAUGGAGAGGAGUGCCAACGGCGCGUCCUAUUACGAAGAGGACACGUCUACUCAGUUAAAGGACUUUCGACCGUUCGAUUUGGACGGUUUUUGGGGCAGAAGGAGACAAACGAGCACCGGGAAACAUUAGUCCCGACAGCGUACUUGUCACUCGAAGUGACUGGUAUGAGUGCGUGUGCGAUUUAUUAAGGUGCAGGGUACCGAAGAUGCGGACGAAUGAUGUAGGUUUUUUUUUGUGCUAGUGUAGAUAACUAAAGGACGAUUCGAAAAGCGACGUUACCGUCAUUAUCAUUUCGUUUGUAUUGGAGUAUUAGCAUUUAGUGUUUGUAUUGAUUGUAAUUACGUUAGGCUUAAAAAAUGUAUCAUUUUUUAUUAAAGGUAAUGACUUCUUUUUGA